GCCAAAAAUAACAUUGAAAGAAAAACAAUUUGGAAGAGAGAGAGAGAAAGAGAAAGUGUCACGAACCUGAUAAUGAGCCAUUUCGGACGACCUACGGACAGCAGUUUGGUGGUGUGUUUGGCUUAGGAAGUCCAUGUUGUGUAUCGCUUCACGUUGGUGAUGGUGAUGGCGAUGAGUGUGUGGCUGCUUGGUUCGUUUGCAGUCAGUCCGUGUGUGGUGGUUUGCUGCUUCUGGAUUUUAGCAAGGUACGCGGGGCACACGGUUUAUGCUGUUCUCGUUGAUCUCCAAUGCUUCGUUUCCAUGGGUACCUAUUCCGAGCCGGGCGACCUUUGGCUGCACUUUCCAAUGGUACAGUCUUCAGGGAUGCUCGGCAUUGAGCAAGCCAAGUGCAGCAGUUAUGUGAGCGUCGGGGGUGCCAAGUGGAAAGCAGCAAGAACCUAAGGCCAGCAGCGGACAUGGCCUGCCACUGACCACCCAACACACCGCAAGCCCCAGCCGGUGCAGUUCAACCCCCCGAUCCAACGGAAUUCCCAUGUCGAUGGAUUCUUACCUAAUGUAGAGGUAGCGUCGGUUCUACCCACUCACUGAAGUCGCACCCCUCCUCCCCCUUCGAUCACCCCCCCCC